AUGCUCCGCAGGAUGGCCCGAUUAUGCCAGCAUGGCUGUUGCAGGAAGGGAAGCGGCAAUCCAUUUAAAGAAAAGGCAAAAAGACUUCUGCAUUCUGUAUGGGAACGCUGCAAUCUUCGUAUACAGCAUUAUCAAUUCCUUAAUUGGUACAUAAUGACAAGCAAAUGCCUAAAACACAAAGCUAGGGAGAGAUCUCUGCAGACGUUGCAGGUUGGUGGCUGUUUUCGAGCAGUUGUUGAGCUUCGAAGGGACUCGAACGACAAUGGAGAAGAGGGAGCAAGCUAUGGCAAAGGAUUAGGGGCAGUGCACUUUGAGCAUGGGUUAUUGCGAAACACCAUGGGCUGUAAACCGGUUGUGUAG